AUGGCGAGCGUGUUGUUUUGAUGAAUAAGAGACUUUGUGCCAGGGCCAGGCCUCGCCACACGGGCUGAAGGGGCGAGAGUGCUCUCCCUCCCCGCCCUCACACAGCCUCUCUCCGUCUUCAAAGAGCUUGUGACAAACUAUGCACCUCGGCUGAAAAAAAAAUUGUGUCUUUCUUUUAACAACAACGUGAAAAAUAUACUUAGAGAAUGGAAGAACUUAGUGCUGAUGAGAUUCGCAGAAGGCGUCUGGCACGGCUAGCUGGUGGACCAACUUCACAACCCACCACACCAUUAACCUCCCCACAGCGAGAAAAUCCACCGGGAGUAUCUGCAGCAACACCAGGGAUAUCUCAAAAUAUGGGCUUGAAUGUACAUAGUGUGACUCCUGCCACAUCACCCAUUGGAGCAACAGGUGUUGCACAUAGAAGCCAGAGCAGUGAAGGGGUGAGCUCGCUCAGCAGUUCUCCAUCAAACAGCCUUGAAAACCAGUCACAGAGUCUUUCCCGAUCUCAAAGUAUGGAUAUUGACAGUGUAUCCUGUGAAAAAAGCAUGUCCCAAGUGGAUGUGGACUCUGGAAUUGAAAAUAUGGAAGUUGAUGAGGGUGAUCGCAGGGAAAAGAGAAGCCUCACUGAUAAGGAACCAUCUUUGGGGUCGGAUGUGUCAGAAGAGCAAGCACUUUCGCUAAUCUGUAAAAUUUUCCGAGUUUCUUGGAAGGAACACGACAGGGAUGUGAUUUUCUUGCCUGGCCUGGCUGCAGAGUUUAAACAGAGUCCAAAAGAAGUUUUUUCAGACUGGAAGGACUUAAUUGGCCAGAUUCUGAUGGAGGUUCUGAUGCUGUCCACUCAAAUGCCAGAAGACAACCCAUUUGCCAGUUUGACUGCCACAUCUCAGCCCAUUGCAGCUGCUGCAAGGUCACCUGAUAGGAGCUUGCCACUUAACCCUUUGUCAAGUCAAGGAACAAGUCCUAUGUUUUGUAGUCCUGGUUCUUUUGGUGCCAGUUCUUUAUCGAGUGUGGGUACAACUGGUACUUAUUCAGAGUCUGGCAGCGAUCGUUUCACAAUUGAAGCAUGUAAGGAGACGGAGAUGUUGAACUACCUCAUAGAGUGCUUUGACAGAGUUGGAAUAGAAGAACGGAAAGCUCCAAAGAUGUGCAAUCAACCAUCUGUCAGUCAGCUGCUCAGCAACAUCCGAUCCCAGUGUAUUUCCCAUACUGCCCUUGUGUUGCAGGGAGCCCUCACACAGCCAAGGUCAUUGUUGCAGCAGUCGUUGCUAGUGCCCUAUAUGUUGUGUCGGAACCUUCCUUAUGGCUUCAUUCAAGAGCUGGUUAGAAUGACUCAUCAGGACCAAGAGGUAUUCAAACAGAUCUUUAUUCCAAUUAUACAAGGUCUGGCAUCAGCAGUGAAAGAAUGCUCCUUGGAUGGUGAUAACUUCAAAUAUCCACUUGUGGCAUUACAAGAAUUGUGCGAAAUUAAGUUUGGGAAAACUCAUCCUGUGUGCACUUUGGUGAUAUCAUUGCCUUUGUUUUUGCCUGAUCCUUUGAGUCAAGGCACAGGCAGAGAGUUGCAAAGACUUUCAUUCCUUGGAGCUUGCUUCAGCCUGUCUGUUUUUGCUGAGGAUGAUACAAGAGUUGUGGAGAAAUAUUUCUCUGGGCCUACACUUACGCUUGAAAAUACCAGAGUUGUCAGUCAGUCCUUGCAACACCAUCUGGAAUCAGCCAGGACUGAUCUUUUCAAAAUUUUGCACAACAUAUUACUCAAUGGUGAGACCAGAGAGAGCGCUUUGAAUUAUAUGGCAGCGGUGGUAAAUCGCAAUAUGAAGAAGGCACAGAUGCAAACGGAUGACCGGAUGGUAUCGACAGAUGGGUUCAUGCUGAAUUUUCUGUGGGUGCUUCAGCAACUGAGCACAAAGAUCAAGUUAGAAACUGUAGAUCCAAUGUACAUUUUCCACCCAAAGUGUCGCAUCAACAUUCUAGCAGAUGAGACUCGUGUGAAAGCCUCUAUGGAAGACAUUAAAAGUUGGCUUGCAGAGCUCAAUGAUCAGUCAAAGUUUGCUGAGCCAAAGUUCCCAACAGAAUGUUUUUUCCUGACGCUGCAUGCACAUCAUCUUGCUAUCUUGCCAAGUUGCCGACGUUACAUACGAAGACUACGAGCUAUUCGAGAUCUCAACAGGACUGUUGAAGAACUGAAAAAUAGUGAAAACCAGUGGAAAGAUUCUCCAUUGGCAAACAGACACAGGGAGAUGUUGAAACGAUGUAAAACUCAAUUGAAGAAACUGGUGCGGAGUAAAGCUUGUGCUGAUGCAGGUUUGUUAGAUGAGAAUCUGUUGAGGAGAUGCCUCCAGUUUUAUGGCACGUUAAUUCAACUGAUCUUUCGCCUGGUUGAUUCGCGCUACCCAGACAUGACACUUCCCCUUAAUCCAGAGAUCCCCAAGGUGUUUGCAGCAUUGCCUGAAUUCUAUUUGGAAGAUAUUGCUGAAUUUUUGCUGUUUAUUGUACAAUAUUCCCCUCAGGUUUUAUACGAGCCAUGUACUCAGGAUGUCGUGACCUUCCUCGUUGUAUUUAUCUGUAGUCAAAACUAUAUCCGAAAUCCUUACCUGAUUGCCAAGCUUGUAGAAGUUGUGUUUGUGACCAACCCAGCAGUUCAGCCUCGAACACAGAAAUUCUAUGAAAUGAUGGAAAAUCACCCACUGGCGACAAAACAACUUGUGCCUGCAUUAAUGAAAUUUUACACAGAUGUUGAACAUACUGGAGCAACAAGUGAAUUCUAUGAUAAAUUCACUAUCCGUUACCACAUCAGCACAAUCUUUAAGAGCCUUUGGCAGAACGUAGCACAUCAAGGCACAUUUAUGGAAGAGUUUAAUUCUGGAAAGCAAUUUGUCCGUUACAUCAAUAUGUUAAUAAACGAUACUACAUACCUGUUGGAUGAGAGCCUGGAUUCUCUUAAACGUAUCCAUGAGGUACAAGAAGAAAUGAAGAACAAAGAGCGCUGGGACUCUCUGCCCAGGGAUCAGCAACAGAGUCGACAAUCUCAGCUGACUCAGGACGAGCGUGUCUCCCGUUCAUACCUUGCUCUCGGUGCCGAAACUGUGGAUAUGUUCCAUUACCUCACAAAACAAGUGCAAAAACCUUUCCUUCGACCUGAGCUUGGCCCACGCUUAGCUGCAAUGUUGAACUUCAACCUGCAACAGCUGUGUGGUCCAAAAUGUCGUGACCUAAAAGUAGAAAACCCAGAAAAAUAUGGCUUUGAACCGAAGAAGCUUUUGGAUCAGUUGACUGACAUUUACCUGCAUUUGGACUGUCCCAGAUUCGCAAAAGCCAUUGCGGAUGACCAGCGAUCGUACAGUAAAGAACUCUUUGAUGAAGUAAUUUCAAAAAUGAGGAAAGCGGGAAUUAAAUCAACAAUAGCUAUCGAAAAAUUUAGACUACUGGCAGAAAAGGUAGAAGAAAUAGUGACGAAGAAUGCCCGUGCCGAAAUUGACUAUGGGGAUGCACCAGAUGAGUUCAGAGAUCCACUGAUGGACACCCUGAUGAAUGACCCUGUGAAGCUGCCUUCAGGGACUAUAAUGGACCGCUCGAUUAUUUUAAGACAUUUACUGAAUUCUCCAACAGACCCAUUUAACCGCCAACAUCUCACAGAAAAUAUGCUGGAGCCAGUGCCUGAACUGAAGGAAAGGAUCCAUGCCUGGAUGAAAGAGAAGCAACAUGCAAAUCGCUCUUCGCAGUGAAGUGUUAUUGAAGAUGGAUCCAAUGUGAAAUGUUUGUAGUUCUGAGUGUAGACCACCAGUAUAUUGAGACUCAAGAGAAAACCUGCUCCACAGUGAGUCAUCGUAGGCGAGACUGCUGCACUGAUAUUAAAAAGGGUGAACUGAAUACAUUAGGAAAAUGUAAUGUCUCUGUAAAUAAAUUUAAUUUAAAGAACAAACAAUUUAAAGGAGAAAAAAGUUGAGGUGUUGGGUACAAGUUAAAUACCUUUUCAGUACAGCAACAUGUGACCAGUCCAAGUGUAACAGUGGUGUACUUGGAUCUUGCAGUAAUUUGGAAGCUAUAAGGGUCUGAGCAACAAUGUUUUUUAAAUGACUGUGUAUUAACAGAAGAUGGUCUGUAUUUUAGGUUGAAAUUAUUACUGUAUCUUGUGCCCAGUCGCUGCUGAAGGGACUGUUUUGUUUGCUGCACUAAAUGUUCUUCAAAACCAAAGUGAUUCACAGGCCCUUUCCCUAAAAACUGUUUUAAUUAUGAGGCAUAAUCUGUUGGCUCACAGGAUUAAAGGUGAGACUAUUGAAUUCUAUUUGUUUAUCAUUAAUUUAUAUUUUUUCUAGCUUACUCUUUCCCUCCUAUUCCAUUUAUGCGUAGACUUGCAGACACUAGCUCAAAAGUUAUGAAUAUCCUCUAUUUCUGCCAGCCAUGUUUUAUGGCCAUUGCUUUUUCCACUGUAUGAGCUGUAUUAUUGGGAUAUUUUGAUCGCAACAAGGUUUUCUCAAGAUGUGCUCUGAGAAGCAACCUAAAUGCAGGAGCCAUUAGAUUUCCUUUCUCUCCCAGAGGACUUCCAUUGUUACAGCACACUAGAGGGCACUCUUGUUUUCCAAGAGCUCUUCAGCCUUACACUGAGAUGUUCCAAAUGGUAUAGUUCAUGCCGAAAACAAAUGACCACAGAUGCUGGCAAUCGGGAAUAAAAGCAGAAAGUGCUGCACAUCCUCAUUUGGUCGGGCAGCGUCUGUUUUAUUAUGUUGAUGCUCUCAAGUAUCUGACGUGAAUAGAAACAAAAUCAAGAUUUUUUUUGUCUACCCUACUGUAUUCACUCUUGUUAAUUUGAGAUUUUAAUUCAUGUUGGUUGUCUACAUUUUCUGAAUAAUUUUUUUAAUCUCAUUUACAUUUUGUAUAAUUUGCUGCAGAGCUGGUUAUUUCAACUGUCCUGAAUUGUAGCAAACUGAAGUAAUGUGAAAUUACUUUGCAUUUUGGAAUUCUUAUUUGCAAGUUAAAUAAAGUAUGGAAGAAAAAUCCUAAACUUCAGUGAUUACCAGAUAAAUGAGUCUGUCACGUCUCCACAAAAAUCCAAUUACUUCAGAAAUAUUGUCUCUGCUGUCUUUGUGCUUGUAGUUAAGAAUCGCUCUGUAUCAGUAAGAUGUUUUUUCAAACUGCUUUACUGUGAAGUCUAAAUACUACUGCAUGAAUCCAGUUGUAGCAAAAUGGGACUAGCCACCCUUUCUUUUCAGUGUAGCACCAGCUGUGUAAUGGGAAAAGGGAAUCCUUUUGUUGCCAGCUUGCAUAUACUGGAUUUUGAAUUUAGUCCAAUACUAAAACAACAUCUUUAAGUUGCUAGUUUAUGUUGUGACUAGUGUUCUGCUGGAAUCUCAACUGCAAACUGCUGUAACUACUAGGAUUAUGAGCAUGAUAGCUGCUGCUAAUUUUGAAAUUGUCUGGUUUAAUUUUUACAGUAAAAUUCAUAAGUGUGAAAAAUCAUGGCAAUGUAAAAUCUGCAGUAAAUAAGUGUUUUAAAAAUUGAAAUUUUAUAGCUUUAUGCAGAUUAUGAAUACCUAAUUCUAGUUAUGAUCUACAAGAAUCAGUUCAUUGUGGCCAAGUUAAUCAAAAAGGACAAUAUGUAAUUUAACUAAUAAUCUGUACUAAACCCCUGUAUUUUUCCCAAGUAUUUCCUUCAAAUGCUCCCAUUCAAUUCGCUUGCAUGGCCACAAUUUGUUUCGAAGUUAAAUGACUUUGUGCUGCAAAAUACUUGACUAACCUGCAUGAAAACAUCUCAAGAUAAGUAUUUUAGUAGUAAAAAGUAUAAUUGAGGGAAUGUUCAAAAGAUCUAGAGGUUGUUUUCAUUGAAGCCUGGAGCAAGCAAUUUCCUCACAUUAGUUAACUGUCCACUUCAUCCUGUGCAAGCUAUUUUUGGGAUUCUGAGUACAUUUGUGCAUAUCACAUAGCUUGUCUCCCAAGCCUCCCAAUACGUAACGAUAUUUUGUAUUGAAUGCUGGACAUGGACAGCUCAUCAGUGUACAAUUAGCAUUCAGACUUCAUUCUUUUAAAAAAAAAGUAUAUGCUGUAUAGCCUGCAUGUUGAAAGUACACCAAAUACCUGCACUUGAUUAAAAAAGCAGUAAAUGUUGGAAAUAUAGUCCAGAAUAUCUGUAAUGGGGGGGGGGGGGGGGGAGGAAAGACAGGUUGGCAGUUGAGGUGUGCAUCCAAAUUCAGUACUCGAAGAGUUAGACCUGCCUUUUUUUCUCUUAAUAUUUUCUGUUUUCCUAUCAUGUUUUUAUUACUUCGGAUACCUAAAUUAGUUUGACUGUAUCCCUGCAAGAUGCUGAGCUUAUUCAGCAACUUAAAACAUGCAAGUUUAAAAAAUUAAGUAGCAAUUGAACUUGCACUGUUCAAAUUUGGAAUACUAAAACAAAAGCAUUUGCCCAUUAUUGUUAAAUACAUGGUUAUAUUGUCAAAUAUAGGGAUUCAGCUUGUAUUUAAUGUGCAUCUCUUCCAUAUUUUAAUCUUUUGAGCCGACAUGUAUUGCCAUAGUCAGUUGUGUUGCAUUUUAAUUUUGAAAACUUGACCCUACAGAAAAGACAUAAGGCACCUCUGAGUUGUACAAGCAUGUCUUUAAUGAAACUGUCACUGUUAUGAUGAAGAGUGUUGAGCACACCACUAUUAUGUGAGGCAAAGUCCACCCUUUCCCAGUUCAGACAUGUACAUCAGUCUCUUAAUAAUUUGACCUGAACUUUGAAAUAUGUUUUUGUUACUUUUUUAAAUAAAUAUAUAUACAUAAAAUGUGACCUAUUGAGAACUUGAAUGGUAGAUAACCCUUUCUAACCCAGUACCUUUCCUUGAGAUAAAAUGACAGCAGUUGCUAGUAGAAUCCCAACUACUCUUUGGCGCUUAGACCAAAUAUCCUGACCAUUCACUCCAUUACUCGUUUUAGUUUUAGAUCCUUAAUUACUUCAACCACAUCGUGAUCUUUCAUGGAACAAGGAUCACAUUGAUCAUUCUGGGCUAGAAAGGGUUACAAUAUGAUAAAUUUCACGUUGUCAAAUCUGCUGCAUAAGGCUGUUUGAAAGUCUUUAGCCAACUAUAAUGAUACCAUGAUAGUGUGAUAGUACUGAUAUAUUUUUACCUCAGUAUUGUUGAACUGGAAAUUCCAGCACUGUAGCAAGAAAAGGAGGAAAUUAAAAUGUACAUUCUCUAACUAAAAUUUACACUUUUGGUAAUGUUAUACUGCCCCUUGCUCCAAGUACUUGAAUUUCUGAUUUUUAGUUUGAAAAGCUGGAAAUUUUGUUUUUUUUUUUGUUUUUCUAUGAAUACUGUUAUAAGAAUCAGGACUGUUUUUUUAAUGAUAAAGCAGCACAGAAUGGCAAUUCCUUAGACUGUUCUGAUUGCUCCCAACCUUUGAAUUCCAAUAAAUGGUGGUAAACAUCCCAACAAAAA